AUGGGCUGGUUCUGGGCCGAUACACAGUCAAAGGCGCCUGUACCGCCACACCCAACAACACCUGGCGCUCCUAUUCCUCCCGGAUGUCCGAUGCACGAGUCGGCUUCGGCAUCAGCUGUUGCACCCACUGCGGCACCUCAGACUGCCGAGCCUCCUAGCAACUGCCCAAUGUCCAAGGCCAAGGACUCGCCCUUCUACGCUGCCCCUAAAUCCUCCAAUGCGCAACCUCUGGCAGCGCCCGCCGCACCCCAACAGUCCACCCUGUCCAAGCUGAACCCGUUGAACUACAUGUUCUCCUCGAUCUCCCAGGAGCGCGCACCCCAGCAGACCGUCGACCUCUCCGUUGACCGUGAGAAGUCAACGAUUCCCCGGGGUGACUCGGAGGGUAACUGGGAAUACCCUUCUGCGCAGCAAAUGUACAACGCGAUGCUGCGCAAAGGAUACACAGACACUCCCCAGGAUGCGGUGGAGUCGAUGGUUGCUGUUCACAACUUCCUGAAUGAGGGUGCUUGGAAUGAGAUUAUUGGAUGGGAACGCACGUUCGCAAAGGGUCUUGGGGCCGGUUGGGAGCGAUGCCGUCGGGGUGAAGAGAAUCUGAACUGGCAGUUGAUGAAGGACGAGUUGACAGGCAAUGUGGACCAGGCGACUGAGCCUCGUCUGAUCAGAUUUCAGGGCCGACCUAAGGAGUUGACUCCCAAGGCUCGCAUCUUCCAGGCUCUUGGAUGGGUGUAUCCCACCAAAUUUGAAACUCCUCCACCCUUCGACCGCCACGACUGGUUCGUCCAGCGUCAAACUCCUUCGGGUCCUAAGGAGGUUCGUUACGUGAUCGACUACUACUCCGGCGAUCCCGAGCCGAACGGCGAGCCCGUCUUCUACCUUGACAUUCGUCCCGCUCUUGACUCGCCCACCGCUGCCGUCGAGCGUCUGAUGAGAUGGGGUGGUGAUGUGUGGUGGAAAGCCAGUGGCGGUGCUGUCCGCGAACCUGGCCACGGCCACGGUCACCACUAA